CGUAGCUGAAGCAUGGCAGCAGCGGGACUGCGUGUGGCUUUAGAGCAGAGGCUCAGCGCCCUCGCAAUCCACACCGAGGUCGUGGAGCACCCCGAGGUAUGUACAAUAGAAGAAAUGAUGCCUCAUAUUCAACAUUUGAAAGGAGCACAUAGUAAGAACUUAUUUCUUAAAGACAAAAAGACGAAACACUACUGGCUGGUGACAGUUCUUCAUGAUAGACAAAUUAAUUUAAAUGAUCUUGGCAAGCAGUUAGGAGUUGGGAGUGGAAAUCUUCGGUUUGCUGAUGAAACAGCCAUGCUAGAAAAACUAAAAGUUGCUCCAGGCUGUGCCACACCUCUGGCUCUGUUCUGUGAUGAUGGGGAUGUUAAAUUUGUUUUGGAUUCAGCUUUUCUGGAAGGUGGACAUGAAAAAGUAUACUUUCAUCCAAUGACUAAUGCUGCAACCAUGGGCUUAAGUCCUGAAGACUUUCUCAUAUUUGUGAAGGCUACAGGACAUAAUCCCAUAAUUCUAAACUUUGAUUAAAAACUGAUUGGGAGGUGUGCAUAGCCUAGCACUCUAGGCAGAGAAGGUUGAUAGGCCAGCC